AUGGUGGGAGUUUUAUUGAGCGAAAGAAAUGGAUCUCAAAAGAGACACUGUUCUUCUAUAUCUUCCGAUGAUGGAAGGAAGCGAGUUGAUAAGACCCGCUCAGCGAUGCUGACGGAUCUUGAUAUUCUCGACUGUCCCAUUUGCUACCAAGCAUUGAAGAUUCCUGUCUUCCAGUGUGGAAAUGGGCAUUUGGCCUGUUCUUCUUGCUGUCCCAAAUUGAGGAAUAAAUGUCCUGCAUGUGCUUUGCCUGUUGGACACAUUCGCUGUAGAGCAAUGGAGAGAGUUCUUGAAUCAGUCUUGGUCCCAUGCCGAUACGCAGAUUUAGGUUGCACCAAGACAAUCUAUUAUGGGAGAGAAUCAACCCAUGAGAAGAUAUGCAACUUCUCUCCAUGCUCCUGCCCUGUACAAGGUUGCAAUUAUACUGGCUCAUACAAGGAUCUAUACGAGCACUAUGAUCUUACUCACAGUACAGGUAGCACGGCUUAUAGUUUCAAUGGCGUUUCCUAUAUAGCCGCGAUGAUGUUCAUCAGCGAUAAGAUACUAAUUGAAAGGGUAUAUGAGAAGAAACUAUUGUUUGUAGUGCAGUGUUUUGAGGAGCCGUGUGGUGUUUAUGUAUCUGUAAGCUGCAUUGCACCAUCUGCUCCAGAAGUAGGAGAGUUCUCAUAUGGUCUCUUGUACACUACUUGGGAAGGAGUCACUAUGACUUACCAAUCACCAAAGGUGAAAAAGGUUCUUAAAGUGAGCUCCCAAAGACCUAAAGAUAGUUUCAUGUUGAUCCCUCACAGUUUGUUAUGUGGUCCAUUGUUAGGGAUGAUGCUUUGCAUCAAUGAGUUGAAGCAAAUGUAA